CUGAUUCAAAGCAAGGAAUCAUUCACAUAUACAGUAGUAGUGGCUACGAAGCUUGAUAUUUCUCUGAUACCUCAUUACGGUUUUAUAACAAUCAAUUUUAUACAUUCAGCGAUAUUAACAUCGUAUACAACAUAAAUUUAUCAUACUCUUUAUAAGUAUCAAAAGUGUAACUGGCAUGAAGAUGAAGAUUCCAAACAGUGGUUCCGGUAACGGAUAUUACGGUCAUGAGAGUGGGGUCAUAUCGUAUUUGGAUAAUGUUGAGCCUGAGGUCGACACCCCUGCUGGAGAAAAUGGAGAUUUUGCAGAGUAUAUGUGGAUGGAGAACGAAGAAGAGUUUGACAAACAGGUCAUGGAGCAACUAGAAGAAGAGGAAUUAAUGGAAGAAUGUUUAGAGGCAAUGCUUGAAGAAGAAAGACAGCAUCAGAGAAAUCAAGCAGCAGGUUGGUGUAAUGCCGGUUCGGAAGCCAUCAGUGGAAAUGAGUUGUGUCAACAACUCAACAGUCUUCGAGUUCGUGGUGACCUUGUGAAAACGAGUACAUUAAAUCCAAACGCUGCUGAGUUUAUUCCAUCAUUUAAAACCGUAGCAGCAGUGAAUACGCCGCCGGAAAUCACAUCUGAAUCGUCAUAGGGAGGUAUAAGAACACUCAAAAACAGCGUGUAAAGAAUAAACUAAUAAGAGCCUAGAAUACAGUGGGCAUAUUACCUCUAUAAGCAUCAAUGAAUUUCUGAAUGAAAAAAACACUACAAAUAUUAGAAAAAAAAAAUGAUAAAAAAGUAAAUCCUCGUUAAAUGUUGCUAAUACACGCGAAAAUCGUGAAGUGAGUGUUAAUAUGUCAUCAGCCCUUUAAUGACGACGAUAAACGCAUUGGAUUAAUUCUGAAUUUAUUUACUAGGCAUUGCACAAUCGCCUUAUUACGUAGAGGUUCGCAGUAUAUAGAUCAUUUGCUUCUGUAUUAAUUAACUCGUUAUGUGAAGAAACAAAAAGACAAAAAAAUUUUAAAGCUUUUGCAAAAACCAAAAAAAAA